GGGGACCCUAUGGGGGUCCCGGCUGCGGCAGCGGGGUGGAGGAGAAGCCCCUUUCCUCCUCCUUUUUCCUCCCCGUUCACCAAGGAGACGAGAAGCAAGGCCACGGGGAGAGAGGGGCCAACGCUGUGCCGCCCCCCCACGGCAGACAAGAUGAAGCUGCUCCUCCUCUUCCUCCUCCUCCUCCUCCUCGUGGGCAGCUCGGUGCAGCUGGAAGACAACAAGAUCCCCAGGCUGUGCUCGGGGCAGCCGGGCAUCCCGGGCACCCCGGGGCUGCACGGGGGCCAGGGGCUGCCGGGCAGAGACGGCCGAGACGGCCGGGACGGGGCCGUGGGGCUGCCGGGGGAGAAGGGCGAGAUGGGCCCACCUGGAGCUCCGGGGCCCCGCGGGGAGCCGGGCAGCCCCGGCGUGGACGGCGUGCACGGCGAGAAGGGGGCGCAGGGCGAGUGCGCCGUGCCCCCCCGCUCAGCCUUCAGCGCCAAACGCUCGGAGGCUCGCAGCCCCCCGCCAGCCGAUCAACCCAUCCUCUUCGACGUGGUGCUGGCCAACGAGCAGGGCCACUACGACCCGGCCACGGGCAAGUUCACCUGCGAGGUGCCCGGCCUUUAUUAUUUCGCCGUCCACGCCACCGUCUACCGUGCCAGCCUGCAGUUCGACCUGAUGAAGAACGGGCAGUCGGUCGCCUCCUUCUUCCAGUACUACGGGAACUGGCCCAAGCCCACCUCGCUCUCCGGGGGCGCCCUGGUCCGCCUGGAGCCCGAGGACGAGGUGUGGGUGCAGGUGGGGGUCGGGGACUACAGCGGUUUCUACGCCAGCGUCAAGACGGACAGCACCUUCACCGGCUUCCUCGUCUACUCCUACUGGCACAGCUCCGCCGUCUUCGCCUGAGCCCGGGGAUGGGGACGGGGACACGGGGGGUGCGCGCCCCUUCCCCUGCUCGGGCACGGCGCGGGGAGGUGGCAGGGGGUGGUUGGAGAGGAGGUGGGGGGCUCGGCGUCCUCGCCCUGCUCCGCUGCGGCGCCUGGAAGGGGGCAGG